CUAUCGCCCUAUCAUUCUUAUCUUGCCUCUUUUGAACUUCUCCAGAGAUCUUCUGUUGCGAGCCAGCCUUCUUCUCCUCCCCCGCAUCUAGGUCCGCCGCGCCCGAGGUACAGUACCAUCAGUCUCUCAAUUAGCGAAAGGACGACAGCGUUCCCCUUACCCUUAUUCAGUAUCCAGGACUGCCCGGAUCUUGAGAAAUUGGACCAGCCACAUUUGCCGGAGGACUCCAAGCGGAAAUCCUAAGCCCCGGGAGAGGCCACUAGCCGAGGACCAGAACCCACCCGAGUGAACCUAACGAACCUGGACCUUUGGAGCCGUUGCGCGGCCACUGGCGGAGCAGAGUUUUCUCGCCUUAAGCAAGUUGGGUGUAGUAUAUAUCUCUGUGAAGCCGGGCCUCCUUUUCCCCGGAUUUUCCACGCCAGGAGAGAUAGCCAACCAGGAGGACCAAAGUUUCCGGGUUGACCUUGCUCUGGCCAAGCUAUCGGACUGGCUAUUUGCGACUUUCUUAGGCCCCUCGCUUCGUAUUUAGUGUUUCAUUUUUAUUUUGUUAUUCCAGUAAUUUUUGACCCUUUUUUAUUAUCAUUUUUAUUAUUUUGGUCAUUCCUUUUUUCUUUACUCUGGGGAAAUAUGGGCUGUCAAGGAGGAGUAAGCAGUGGAAGAGAGUUCCCCUUACCCUACUUUAUUGAUUCGGGGCCUGACUGGCCCUACGGGGUUGUCGAAGGUUAUUUGCUUUCGCCAGGUGCAUCGCAUUAUAUCCCCCAGAGUCCCACCAGCGUUCUUGUUGGAGAUUCAGUGCCAUAUGUAUCCAAUAUGCCCUACUGCCAACCUCCACCCCAGCACCAGGACCAUGUUCAAUUCAAUCCCUAUGGAGUUGGUGGCUCGCGUCCCAUUGGUCCAGAUUCCUUCCCACUGGCAAGUGGGCAUCCACCCCCUGAACACUGGCUGAUGAACGGCGGCCCGACCGAGCAAUCGCCUCAUGAUGGUCAUGGACCCUACGGGGCACCAGAGGUUCUACUAACAGGACCCGGGCCCGCGGCUUUCCCAGAGGGCCAUGGUGGAGGAUCGCCGGGCUCAAGCUCCCACCGAACAUCUCCCACUCCAGGGCUCGGUGGCAUGUCAACUUGCGCGCCCUCUCCGGUAGUGCCAAGUACCCCAAACGGUGCGCCAUUGUCAGCGGUGGCAGCGGUGGCAGCGGUGGAAGUACAGAGCAUCAUAACCAAGCAGAAAAAACGCAGAAAAUCUCCGAUGCCCCCCAAACCCAACUCUCCUUAUUAUUGCUCUUACCGCGGGUGCGAGGGUAGCACAUUUACGUCGUCAUCUGCUAUGAUCCGGCACAAGAACGAGACUCACCUCGCAUCUAAGAUACUUUUUUGCCCCGAGAAUAAGUGUCCUCGAUACCAAAAGGGGUUCCACCGGAAGCACAAUUUGAUGGUUCAUGUGAAGGGCAAGAAGCAUCGCCAUCUUUACGGCAGGAUACAUUCCUUGGAGCAUGAAUAAGGGCAGGAUAUUGGCAAUCCUCACAGCUAGAAUUUGGGCAUAGGAGUGGAGGGAAGUAAAAAGGAUAUUAACUGCACGGUAUUGAGGGAUAUGCUCGAAUUGGUGUUGGGUGAGGGUGUAUUCGCUCGCCACAGGCGAUUUUUGCCUGGUAGUAGGGGUGCCUUCUUGGAUUCGUAUGGCGUUAGAUUAUGAUGAUAGAUGGGAGAGUCGGCGACUGUGUCCCCGACCCCCUGCAGUUGCACUUUCAGAAAAGUCCAGUCGUUUCGGGAGUUACGCAGAUCCUUUCCCUACCCUUCGCUUCAUGUUGCUAUUAUUCUUGGAAUUGCGAUUGUGGGAUUUUUUUUUUGAUUUUAUUUCCUAACGAAACAUGUCGGUGUUUUCCUUAGUUGGGGGUAUUUUUGUUGUACUUAGUUAGCUUUCCCUUUGCUUUAUGUUCAUGAUUUAUGCUGUUUAGUCCUUG